ACCAAAAGCCACCGCUAAAACCCUAGUCUCCGAAAUCGGUGCCUCCUCUCUCUCUGUCUGUCUCUCAGCAGUGAGAGUCUGAAAGACCAUAGUAAUCAAUGGCUUAUAAAUCGGAAUAUACGAUUAUACGACCAAUACAAGUAAUAAUAAGACUAAAAAAACCCUAAAUUAUUCAUUUCCUCCGUAACCAAAAUCAACACAAUCCCCAAUUUUCAAAACCCUCUCUCUCUCUCUCCGACAGCAGAUUAUUGUCUUUCGUCUUCCCGCCCUCUCUAUCUCUCUCUCUCUACUUUCUCUCUCUAUACUUUUUUUUUUCUGCGUCUGAGAAAAAGCAAAGACGGUGGACAGAGAGCUUCUUUGAAAUGCUCGGAAGUGAUGCAGAAGCUGUUGCGCAUAAGCCCUUCUUCCUCAGGCCCCAUUAUCUGCACUCUGGGUAAAACCCCUUCUUCUCUCUCCAAAACCUUUCUCUCUCUAACCCCCCAAAACCCCCUCUUUCUCUCUCCUUCCUCUUCCGCCCUGCAGACAAUGCCAGCCGCCGCUACUUUCUCCUCCUCAGCCGCCGCCGCCGGCGUGGUACCCAGGACGCGCGGCGCCGCUUUGUCCUUGCCUUCCAGACACUGCCGCAUUUGCCUCUGCUCAAUCGAGGCCCAAUGGGCCUCUCCGGCCCGUGCCUGGGCCGGGCCUAGGGUCGCGUGGCUGCGGGCCUCGUCCGACGUGCCGUUCUCUGCCUCCGCCGGCGUGGACGGCAGUUCGAAUAUGCCGGAGAAGGGUUUGGAAUUUUACGGUGAUGGCGGAGACGGUGAAAGGGGUUCGGAGGAGGAGAAGCCGACGGUGAGGCUUAAUAGAAGGCAGAGAGGAGGUUCUUCAGAUGGCGGUUCCUUGGCUGGAAACCCGGACUUGUUGACGAUUCCCGGUGUGGGCCCCAGGAAUCUGAGGAAGCUCGUGGAGAAUGGUAUUUCUGGGGUUGCUGAGCUCAAGCAAUUGUAUAAAGAUAAGUUUUUCGGGAAAUCUAGCCAGAAGAUGGUUGAGUUUUUGCAGAGUUCUGUAGGAAUCAUCCACCGAAACCAUGCCGAGAGUAUAACCACUUACAUCAAAGAGAGUGUUGAUGAAGAUUUGAAGGAGGAUGGUUCAAACUCUGAUUUGAUGCGAGCCCAGAAGAAGCGGCUUACUUUCUGUGUGGAGGGGAAUAUCAGUGUUGGAAAGACAACUUUCCUUCAGAGAAUAGCUAAUGAAACACUCGAGCUACAAGAUCUUGUGGAGGUGGUUCCCGAACCUAUCAACAAGUGGCAGGAUGUUGGACCCGAUCACUUUAACAUAUUAGAUGCUUUCUAUGCUGAGCCCCAGAGGUAUGCCUAUACCUUCCAGAAUUAUGUGUUUGUUACAAGGGUAAUGCAGGAGAGAGAGUCAUCUGGUGGUAUCAAGCCUCUCAGGUUGAUGGAAAGGAGCGUCUUCAGUGAUAGAAUGGUCUUUGUGCGAGCUGUUCACGAAGCCAAUUGGAUGAAUGAGAUGGAGAUAAGCAUCUAUGACUCCUGGUUCGAUCCAGUGGUCUCAUGCUUGCCUGGGCUUAUCCCUGAUGGUUUCAUCUACCUUAGAGCAAGCCCCGAUACUUGCAUGAAAAGAAUGAAGCUGCGGAAGAGAACUGAAGAAGGUGGUGUGUCACUGGACUAUCUCCGCGACUUGCAUGAAAAGCAUGAGAGCUGGCUUUUCCCUUUCGAAAGUGGCAAUCACGGGGUCUUAUCUGUCAAUAAGCUACCUUUACAUACAGACAGCUCUUUGCACCCCGAAAUUAGGGGCCGUGUAUUCUUUUUAGAGGGUGACCAUAUGCAUUCAAGUAUUCAAAAGGUACCUGCUUUGGUUCUUGACUGUGAGCCCAAUAUUGAUUUCAGUAAAGAUAUUGAUGCAAAGAGGCAGUAUGCUCGCCAAGUUGCAAAGUUCUUUGAAUUUGUUAAGGAAAAGAAAGAAGUUGAACCUACAAAAGCUGGUGAGGUUGAGAAGACUAGACAACCGCAAAUACUCUUGCCGCGUGAAGGAGAAUUGUGGGUUCCUAACAAGCAUUUUCCAGAGUCGGCCCUUAAAUCUCUGGAUUUCAGGCGAGCGAUGUCCUUCAUGUCUGGCUAGGCAGUUUUUCCUCGGGCAUAUAUUAUGGUAUGGAAUUCAUAGGAUUAGGAUUCAUCUCAGAGGGUUUGUUUCGUGGGGUUUGUGGCUGGGUGAGGAUGUAUUUAUUGAAGAUUUCUUGUGCGUGUACAAAAGUGUCUUAAGUUAACACCUUAACCCCAAGAGAUGUAGAGAAUACUAGUGCGGUUUUGAAAUGCUUCUGUCUUUUGCUGUUCAA